AUGGUUUCCGUUGGAUAUCCCAAGGAAAUGACUCGGGGAAGCCCUCAUGGUCCACAGGCUCUCAGGCUCAGCCCGGAUGGCCAAGAUUUCGUGCACACCUGGCUCGCAUGUGGCAAGUUUGCUUCAAGCAUGCCCUCUUCCUCGAACACGGCCAUCCGCAGCUACAAAAAUGUCCUCAGAUUCGACCCUGCCAACAUCACAGCGCUUCACGGUCUCGCCACAGCUGCCCUGUCAAAGAAAGAUCACCGUGAGAUUUUCGAAACAACAGAGAUACUCAACUCUGCAUUGACCAGUUUCUUCCACAUUGGAAAAGAGGUUAGCAUAUGGUUUGAUCUGGCCAGUUGCUAUUUGGAGCUGGCCGACUACGAUACCGCCAACCGCGUUCUGGUGAACACUUUGAAGACGGCAGGCUCGUGUCCGUCAAUAUGGCUGCUUUAUUCCAGACUACUUUCAAGAACAAACAUGAUUAAUGACUCCCUCGACGCUUAUCAGCGCACCAUUAGACUCGCAUCCGCCUCCUCAAGAAACAUCAACAUACUUAGAAUCGCACACACAGAGAUUGCUGCUCUGUUCAUGACACAGAACAACACCCGAGCUUGCAUCCAGGAAUUGGUAGCAGCCAUCUCUUUGCCUCCCCCUGCCCCAGACAAACUCAAAGAAUAUUCGUGCACCUGGGGACUGCUGGCCCUCGCACACAGAGAGGCUGGCGACCUUCCAGCGGCACUUUCAGCCUGUGUGAGUGGGCUGGACGUUGUGGGCCAGAACAUGGUGUUGCGUCUUUUGCAAUCGCACUUGCUUCUCACGUCCGAAAACCCACGAGAACACCUUCCUGCGGUCAUCUUCACACUGCACAGAGUCAUCGAGACCCAGGAACGCAACGCCAUCACUUGCUUCUUGUCCUACUACUUGCUUGCUCGCUCCUAUUUUUUGCAAGACAAUCCGUCAGAGGCCUACAAAUACUUCCGCGAGGCUCUCAAUUGCGAGCCCAAGUCGCCGUUGCUAUGGCUGUCGAUGGGUCACCUGUACCUGCACCUUAACCAGCUGAACGACUCGAUGGAGGCGUAUUCGCAGGUUAUCAAGUUUGAAGCCGCAGACCCACAGAUAACCACCGCCAUGGCGUGGGAAGGCCUGAAACACAUUUACGAGCGCUGCGAGGACCAAUCACAAGACGCAAUCGACGCGUGUAUGAGGGCCUCUGCGUGCUACAGAUCCUGUGAUCGACCAGACUUAGCCGCUCAAAUGGACUCCCACGCUGCAAACCUGAAAUCUGGCAAAAGAAACUCGCUCACUGAAAUUUCAGACGUCCCACAAUGGCUUGUGGGUCAAUUUCUGUGGGAACAGUGCUACGAAAAAUUCCAGCUUUACUCAUCCCCGUUGGAGUUUGUGAUUCCGCCUGGCCCAGACCCUCGCGCCAACCAUGCCAACAGCACCAGCCCACCAAGACUGGGACACUCGCCCACCCAAAGUCCACAUUCGCCUCUGUCAACCCUAAUCCCCCACAAAUAUUACGAGCCUCAGAUGAUGCCUGUAAUGAAUACAAUGGUUCCUUCGCAUCCGCAUCAAAGUCCCCCAUUUUAUGUGGGCCAGCAGCCACCUGUUCAGCAGUUCCAUUCUUCCAAGUUUCAGCCUCCAUUCAUGACUCCAGUUUACCCAUAUCCACAAAUCGUUACCGGACCUCUGCAGGCCCCCAUGCAUGUGGCCGAAAUGAAUUUCAAUUAG